AUGAAAUCAACCACAACAUCAUCAUCUGCCGUCUUAGCAUCAUCUACGAAAAAUGUUAAUUCAUCGACUGCUCAGUUUAUCGUACCGAAAGAUGAUUUAACAGAAAUUAAUAACUUUCAAAAUAAAAGUGAAUUAGCUCCAACAACAUCAAAAUCGUCUCUUUCAAAUGAUUUACAUUUACAAGAAUUAAAUUCUUCUUCAGCCACUUCACUUUUAACUCAACUAUCAACUCAAGAUACUAUUCAACAAACAAUAUUGACUGAACAAACAUCGAACGAAAACAAAGAAAAUGUCAGUGUUCAAAUAACAUCACAAGCUGAAAAGAUGGAAGUUGAAGAACAAUCAUCACGAAGUUCUAAUGUAAACAAUCGUAAACGUACUCUACCACGAGAAGAAGAGGAAACAACAACAACAAUCGAUGAUGAACACAUUCCUCCUGUGCAAACAAGUCGUCGUGGUGGUAGCAACAGCAGCACGAGAGGCCGAGGCGAUACAGAAUCAAAUCAUGGUGUAACAUGA